AUGGAGGGACACAGUCUAACAAUCACAACAAACUACCCACAAAAACCGCAGUCGCCGAAUCGGCUAGACGCUCGCGAAGUGACAAAAAUCAACAAAACCAGUGAAAACUUGUGGAUUCAACGACACGAGAUUGAGAAGACGUUGCGCGGCGCGUUGAAUCAUCUGAAAACGUGCUGCACGAUUCUGAAUUUGUCGGCGAAAAGCGAUGAGCGGCUGAAAAUUGAACCGACUCAUGGAACUACGGAGAAGUAUCAGUUGAUGUCGAGAACGGGUAGUUCCGAUAAUUUGAAGGCAUGCGUCACUCUCCUCGACGACAACGUCAUCCAAGCAGAAGUGACUGUAAAAUACCCGAAAGCCGGCGGCGGUUUCUAUCGUGCCGUCGCUCAGCCGGAUGUUCAAUGGAAACUACAACAGCUUCAAGAUCUCGGAAAUUAUAUAUCUCGUGUUACCAUAAUGUUGUGUGAUCUACAAGAGGAAUUACAGUAUUUGAAAGGAGGCGAACACGGCGAUUCGUUCAGUUUAUCGACUGGAAAACGUAUUUUGGAAGAGUUGAAGAUGACAAUGAACGAGAUCGCGACGGCCAGAAAUACCAUUAUGUUGCCGAGAAAGAGAAGCCUCCUAGAGUUAUGUUAUUUCCCACCGACACGGAAAUUUGUGCCGCCACUCCCACAGGAUCAGUUGAUAUCUUUCUACAUCUCUUGUUGUCGUUUGGUCUGCGCCUCGUACCAAAUGGUCCCAAAAACCGUGCACCCACAAGGUCUCUCCGUCUUCAUGGCUGAAUCUCAGCUCCCUCAUCUCGACGAAGUCAUCAAACAUUUGAAUGUUGUGAUGAGUAUUUUGCAGAAAUUGAUCAAUUAUAUGUCGGCUACUAUGUAG